UGCGCGUGUGUGUAUGCGCGUUAGCGCAGAGGGAGCGGGUUCAGUACGUCUAGUACACAGGAUAGCGGCACUCAUGGGUACUCACAGAAGCACAGCGGCGAUUUCUAUCACCGUUUAGCACCAUUGAAGGUGCGACAUUUAUUCCGGGCACGUACCUGACAGCGGACUGUCCUGAAGCCCAGCGGAAUCUCGCGCUCUAGUAGAGUGAGUGUGAGAGAGAGAGUAGCGCGCGCUGAACGGACCGCAGUGGAAUGUAGCGGGGAUUCCCGGCGCGCGGGGCAAGAUCUGUCAAUCAUUCAUCAACGCCCCAAGAAAACACCUGAGUAGGUGGAGCAUGGCCAGUAGGAGUGGCUGGCGUUACUAUGCCUGAAGGCACGUGGCGAUGGUGUCCAUGGAGACAGAUGGCAGCUUCACUGGGGGCCACGGUUUGUCCCUCUUACAGGCUGAAGAUAGCGUGGGGACCGGACUCGCUCAGCAGGAGGGGACGUGGCUUGGCUUCCGGGCUACAGUAAGUGCUGUGCUGCUGCUGGAGCUGCUCCUGGGAGUGGGUGGCAAUCUGACCGUGCUGGUGUUAUACUGUGGUCACUGCAGCCUGUUGGAGUCCGUCAGUCAUGCCGUCACGCUCAGCCUGCACACCCUUGACCUGCUGCUUUGUCUUCUCUGCCUGCCGAUCACUGCCACGCUCCUUAUUCUGGGUGGAGCCUCGGUUCCUCACCACGCCCUUCUCUGCUGUCUCCAUGAAUCGGCAGCCAGUUUCGCCAGCGUGGGCACCGCACUUAACCUGCUGCUCAUCAGCUUAGAUCGCUAUGACAUCAGCGUCCGGCCAGCAAAUCGCCUGCUGACGCCUCGAAGGGCCACCAUUUUGCUUGUUGGAGUAUGGGCGGUUUCUUUAGCCGUGCCCCUCCUACCAUUUGUGGAGGCUGGGUUUGUUUCGGGGCAAGGAGAGGGAGUGUUUAUGCACUCCAAUAGCACUGUGCUUUGUUCAGAGUGGGGAGGAACUCUACAGGCUCAUCUGUUACUACAAGUUCCCGUGUUCCUGUGCUCUCUUGCUGUGAUGCUGUUUACAUACUCGCGAAUUCUUCAGGCACUGCGCAUCCGCAUCGGACGCACACCGAGGCCCCAUCGAGACAGCAAACGGCCUGUGCAUCGCCUCUGGUUACGCCGUAAAAAGUCAACAAGGUCACCGGAUCACACAACGAGGAACACACCCACCUCUCCACCGCCGCUUUCGACAGGGCCGCUUAUCGCCUCAGAUACAGUUACAACAGUAACCAUCAACACUGAGACGAACACUCCCUCACUCACCACGCCUCUUAGCCCCACCCCUACUGUAUCUGUGAUAACCUCGCCUUUAAGCCCCACUCCCACUGCUUCAAUGGUAACCACGCCUUUGAGCCCCGCCCCGUCUGUAUCCAUCAUAACUAGCCCUCACAUCCCCACCCCUGCUACAUCAUCAGUGGCCACGCCUUUGAGCCCCAAGCCCACUGUAUCCACAGUAACCACUCAGCUAAGCCCCGCCCCUGUCCAGGGUCCUCCCAGCAUGGGCGUGGGAGCAUCAGUAUCGGCCAUUUUGGCUCUGCGUCGAGCAGUUCGGCGCCAUCGAGAUCGGCGGGAACGUCAAAGGCGUGUCUUUCGCAUGUCCGUCAUCAUAAUCCUCUCGUUUCUGCUAUGCUGGGCGCCUCUCUCCAUCAUGCCCCUUCUCAUGCUGGCCAUCGGGCCCUCUGAUUGGCUGGAACGCCUGAGACUCUGCUUCCUGGUGCUUGCUUAUUGGACAGUAGUGCUGCAUCCGCUGCUGUAUGCAUUUACACGGCAAAAACUGCGCAAAGUUCUACAUACCCGUCUGCGCAGGCUGAAGCCGCAAAACACGCAAACUCGCAUUCGCACUAAUACUAGGAUCCGCCGCAAGCACAGGGCAGAUUGCAGCGAUGCUACUGACCGCUGCCUGACAGAGGCUGUUAGAGAGUGAGUGUUUGUGUGUCUGUGACAUAUAACUAGGCUCACACGGAAUCUGAGUGCACAUUCACUUUUGUUCGUAUGUCAUUUUCUUGUUUUUUUUCUGAAAUAUUUUGGAUAAUUUAUUCAUGCUUUCAGCUGCUAAUAUGCAUAUGUCCAUUUAACAUAUUUCACCAUGUUUAAACCCAAGGCCCUAACCAUAUUUUGAAAAUUGUAAGAGAAUUAAGGGAACAAAGAAAAAAAAGAAGAACUAGGAUUUACUGUAAAAUUGUCCCAUUGAAAUAUUUGCAAAUAAUAUUCUAUUUUAUUAUUAUUAGACACAUUCACUUAAGGACCAAAAAUACCACCUGAUUCUAUGGGAAGAUGAGUUACUUGAAAACUUAAUAUUUUCUGAAAAAAAGCAUGAAGGCACCCCUCUAAAAAACUAUGAAUGAGUAAGGAAUGUACAAAUAUCUAUUUGCGAAAAUGAGAAAUAGAUAAGAAUUUCCAUAAAACAAAAUGUCAAAUAAAAAUAAAAUAUAAUUUAGCUAAAUUGUCUGCCUAAUAUGCUGAAAACAGCUUAUGUUUCUUGUAUUCAGGUGAAUAUGAUUUAUGAAUCAGGUAAAUAAAUUAACAUUUUUGUAUUAACAGUUUAGCUUGUUAGCUACUUAUGUCUUUAUACUCUUUUACCUCUAAACUAAAGCAUUGUGCUAGAAUUCUGUUAAAAAUAAAGUCUUUCAUGAUUUGAUUGGCCAUCACAAUUAUUUUGACACUGACGUGCACUGUUAGUCCCCUGAGGCAGACUAGUCUAAAAAUGUAACUUUUUGUCAUCCUACCAACAAACCGAGAAGUGUGUAAUAGAGCGCAUCAAAAGAGCAUCAAGAAUAUCAAAUGCUCCAUUUGGUAAUAUGGUCAUGUCUUAUUAUAUAGAGACUUGUGGUUACGGCCCUGUUUAAAUCCAUUUCUCAGAUUUCCCCCACAGAUUUGUGCAGAAAAAAGCAAAGAAAAAGAGAAAGUCAGCAGAUUCCGCCUGGGCCUAUUUAUGACUGUAGGUAAAAGGUGUGUGCAGGAAACCAUUAAUGUGUUAGAUGUGUUAGAUGAUAUGUGUGACUCGCUCACCUCUAUAAAGGAUAUUAAAAGACGUUGGUAGGUCUCUAUUGUCCACAAGUGUGUAGUAUCAUUGGCAACUAAUCAGCACAGGGUUUCUAAAGCACACUGAACUCUGAGGUCAGCAGGGCACUGUCUAAUUAACCAGUAGAGCACAAAUAUUCCCAUGGUGCUAAGGGGAAAAGAGCGAGAUUGAGAGAGAGAGCGUACCUACAGGUGUGAGUCUGCCAGAGGCCAUGUGCAAUAAAUUCCAAAUCCAGGUUAUGCAUCGCAUGAUUUCCAUAUAAAUUGAUACCAACUUAUUGGCAUUCAUUGUGUGGUGUAAAAAGUAACCGCCUAUCCACCAGUACACAUACAUGUUCACAUAUUUUACAUUGUCCUUCUCACUGAUAGUCUAGAGGGCAAUAGAUUUAUCAUUGUGUUUAUUAAUUUAUAUGAUCAGGGAUGUAAAUAGUCACUAAUAUUUCUGUGGUUUGAAACUGCAGCCAAUUUGAAUUCGGCUCUACCAAGGGCAUGCAUACUGGUUCGAUCAGUUGACAAAACAACUUUUACAAAGUCUAAAUUUAUUUAUUUUAUUUGUGUCCCGUAUGUAUAUAUUGUCAGUGCUGUAUAUUAAUUCAGUUUGAGAUGAGUAUUGUAUUACUUUACAAUAGAGGAGCAAUAAGUCUGAAUUACAGUAAUAAAAAGAUUCAGCCUCUUU